GAGAAGGAGGAGGGAUCGCGGCGCGGGCUGGUCUGGCCACCUCGCCCCGCGCCCCGCCCCUGCGCGCACUCCCUCGCGGGCGAGCUACUUUCGGACAAGGAAAGUGAGGGCGGCCCCGGGUGACAGCGCGGCGGCGCCAGUCCCGGGAAGCCGCGUCUGUUCGCGUGUCGUCCCCGUCGCGCUCGCUCCCAGCGGCGCACUGUCCAGACCCCGGCCAUGGCUUCGACCACCACCUGCACCCGCUUCACCGACGAGUAUCAGCUCUUCGAGGAGCUCGGAAAGGGGGCAUUCUCAGUGGUGAGAAGAUGUAUGAAAAUCCCUACUGGACAAGAGUAUGCUGCCAAAAUUAUCAACACCAAAAAGCUUUCUGCUAGGGAUCACCAGAAACUGGAAAGGGAAGCUAGAAUCUGCCGUCUUUUGAAGCACCCCAAUAUUGUGAGACUUCAUGACAGUAUAUCAGAAGAGGGCUUCCAUUAUUUGGUGUUUGACUUAGUUACUGGAGGUGAACUGUUUGAGGACAUAGUGGCGAGAGAAUAUUAUAGUGAAGCUGAUGCCAGUCAUUGUAUACAACAGAUUCUAGAGAGUGUAAAUCAUUGUCACCUAAAUGGCAUAGUUCACAGGGACCUGAAGCCUGAGAAUUUGCUUUUAGCUAGCAAAUCCAAAGGAGCAGCUGUGAAGCUGGCAGACUUCGGCUUAGCCAUAGAAGUUCAAGGCGACCAGCAGGCGUGGUUUGGUUUUGCUGGCACACCUGGUUAUCUCUCUCCAGAAGUCCUGCGUAAAGAUCCUUAUGGAAAACCAGUGGAUAUGUGGGCAUGUGGUGUCAUCCUCUACAUCUUGCUGGUGGGGUACCCACCCUUCUGGGAUGAAGACCAGCAUAGACUGUAUCAGCAAAUCAAGGCUGGAGCUUAUGAUUUUCCAUCACCAGAAUGGGACACAGUAACUCCUGAAGCCAAAGACCUCAUCAACAAAAUGCUUACCAUCAACCCUGCCAAACGCAUCACAGCCUCUGAGGCUCUGAAACACCCAUGGAUCUGUCAACGCUCUACUGUUGCCUCCAUGAUGCACAGGCAGGAGACUGUAGACUGCUUGAAGAAAUUUAAUGCUAGACGGAAACUUAAGGGUGCCAUCUUGACAACUAUGCUGGCUACAAGAAAUUUUUCAGCAGCCAAGAGUUUGUUGAAGAAACCGGACGGAGUAAAGAUAAACAACAAAGCCAACGUGGUAACCAGCCCCAAAGAAAAUAUUCCUACCCCGGCGCUGGAGCCCCAAACUACUGUAAUCCACAACCCUGACGGAAACAAGGAGUCAACUGAGAGCUCAAACACCACGAUUGAGGAUGAAGAUGUGAAAGCUCGAAAGCAGGAGAUCAUCAAAGUCACUGAGCAGCUGAUUGAAGCUAUCAACAAUGGGGACUUCGAAGCUUACACAAAAAUCUGUGAUCCAGGCCUCACUGCCUUUGAGCCUGAAGCUUUGGGCAAUUUGGUGGAAGGGAUGGACUUUCACAGAUUCUACUUUGAAAAUGCUUUGUCCAAAGGCAAUAAACCAAUCCACACUAUCAUCCUGAACCCUCACGUGCACCUGCUGGGGGAGGACGCAGCCUGCAUAGCGUACAUUCGGCUCACACAGUACAUGGAUGGCAGCGGCAUGCCAAAGACAAUGCAGUCAGAAGAGACCCGCGUGUGGCACCGCCGUGAUGGGAAGUGGCAGAACGUUCACUUUCAUCGUUCGGGGUCACCAACAGUCCCCAUCAAGCCACCCUGUAUUCCAAAUGGGAAAGAAAACUUCUCGGGAGGCACCUCUUUGUGGCAAAACAUCUGAAAACCAUUCACAUUUGGGUCUUCUAAUUGUCAACAGUGCCACUUCUGCAUUCUGUUCUCAAGGCACCUGGAGGGUAAUCCUGGGACGUCCUCUCCUCCUCUUCAUGCAUGUUUCUGAGUGCAUGGAGUUGUGAAGGUUCUACAUGUAAUGCAUACGUGACGCAUCAUCUUACCAUAUAUUCCUUCCUAUACAUUGUUUACACUCCAGCUACUGGAUGGGAUGCUCCAUGCAAACUUAAAUUACUGUUGGCAAACUAUAGCGGGAGGUCAGACAAGAAAAUUCCACAAUAUUCCAAGUUCAGCUGAUCCAUCAGGUUUCUCUGUUUAUGCCAAGAUUUAGAAGAUUUAAUUAAAAUUAUUGUUCUCCGAAUGACAGUUUGUGAGAGAAAAGUAAAUCUUUUUAGAACGCUGCCAUUAAUCUUUUUGGGCUUUUUGUUGGGAUUUUGGGCUUGAUUUUUUGUUGUUGUUGUUGUUUUUAAGGCAAAUAUAUAUAUCUAUAUCUUCAGUUCCUGGUGUGAUCCUGUAGAAAUGGAUGACUUUUCUCUGAAAGUGUUGCUGUUGUGUAAGUGGAAUGGUUAUGUGGACAAAAUCCUGUGUGAUUGUAGGAGCAAGAACCAGUUGGUGUCCUACCAUCAAAGCCAUGUUGAUUUGAAUCAAACUGUAUACUGGAAAAGUUUACAUCAUUUACAAGUUCGAUUGCUUUCAGAUAGGCACAGUUCUGGUGAACGUUUGACGCUGACUUUGUCUUUUCCUUCUCAAAUCUGUGUUUUCAUUUUAUACUAUUUGUUUGCUUUUCAUUUUUCCCAUUCUCUCUCUCUCUCUCUCUCUCUCUCUCUCUCUCUCUCUCUCUCUCUCUCUCUCUGUUGGUCUGUCUGUCUUUCUGUAGCUGGUAGUUCGUAAAAACAACAGUAAAAUUUGCAUAUGAAGGUAAAAAUAAAAAUCAAGGUCUUUUGGAGGAAGCUAAAACUAGUACAUUCUGUCUCUUCAGGGCCCGUGGAGUUGUUGAAGAUUUUAAAUAAAGGUUUUUAAUUCAGCGUAGGCCAGCACUUGUGCAUAGGUAUCCUAGCUAUGUUGAAAGCAUUGCAAUGGUGGAGACUUGUGCUAAGAGCAGGAAGAGACUACAACAGUGUCCCGGUUCUCUCCUGAGCAGCGAAAUUGCCUGAAGACCAAGUGGAGGUUGACCAGGGUGGCAUGCAGAGCACUUGUUUGGACCUUGUGGCAUGUGAGGGCCUUUACUGCCUCACUUUCGCUAGCUAGUCACGUGAGGGAUGUUCUCCACCCUCACAGGGAUUGAACUUGACCUUUGUGACGUAUGCAGCUCUGCUUCUCUCCUGAGUCACAAUGUCAUCUCCCUGCCAGGAGCUAGGGAUUUUCUGGAUUCAAACAAAGAGGGAAAAGGAAGUGCCCCAGUUUUCUUUGCGGUUCUCAGUUCUUUGUCAAUUCAGUCAUUUCUCUGCGCUGAAAUGCUCUGUGGUGCAUGGACUCUUUCUCCAUCAGCAUUACUUCAGCCAUAGCUACUCACAGUCCUCAGAAGCCUAUUUUUAAAGCAGAAGCAAAAAGCAAAAAUAAGACACGCCCUCCCCUCUCUUUUCUCAUUUCACCUUUCGGUGUUGAUUGCUAAUCACUUUAGAUAUUGUUGCUAGUGAAUGUAUGGUAGAUGGGUGAAGCUUUUCUGAUAACUACAUGAUUUAAAACAAUAUAUAUUUAAAAUGAAUAUAUACAGUCAAUGUAUUGAGCCGUGUUAACCUGCCAAUGAGAUCUGUGAAAAACGUAAUGGCCUCACUUUUUCCCUUUUUAUUUCUUUUAUCUUUCUGUGAAGCAGCUCUCUGUGGCAUACAUGUAUUUAAAAAACACAAAUAGUGGUAGAAUGCUUUUUCUUUUCUUUUCUUUUCUUUUUUUUUUUUUUACACUCUCAACUUAGCAUGUGAUGUUGAAGUAUUACCAUAGAUCCAGUUUGUCUUCUGCACUAAGAUGUGAGGAAAUUGUGAAUUGUUCUCUCCAGCACAGUGGAAUCACACAUUCAUCAUCUUCCAUUGUUUUGAAAACACUGCAGUUUACCAUGGGACACUGUAUAUAUUUCUUGCCAUAAUGGUAAAUGACCGAUUGAUAUAUUUAAGAGUUAAUAAAUUUGUGAUUUCUGCUGACAAA